UGGUCCAGCUGAAUUCCUCUCCAGAUCACAAACAUGAAGUGGUUUACUGCACCUCUGUUGCUUUUUUUCUGCCUCUACGCCACGAGGGCUGUCCACGGAGAAUGCUGUGGUCGAACAUCAGAGGAGACAUAUCCUGCUGAUGAAAAGGUUCAGCAGAUUGUUGACAAACUGAAGCCUAGUGUUGAAUUGAAAACAGGGGCGAACUAUGAGGUUUUUAACGCCACAAGUUACAAGACUCAGCCGGUUGCUGGGACAAACUACUUCAUUAAGGUCCAUGUUGGUGGAGAUGAUUAUAUUCAUCUUCGUGUUUAUGAAAAACUCCCAGCUUAUGGAGGAGACAUUGAGCUGAGCUCCCUGCAGCUCUCCAAGUCCCACAACGACACCAUUGAGUACUUCUAUUAAGUAUUUCUUAAAGCCUAACAGAAAAGGCAGGGAUCCAGCAACUAAUAGAAGUCAAGACAUCAAAUGCCAGCAUCUACUGAUUACAGUUUAAAGUGCACCUCAUGUAUAAGUAUCAAUAAAGACAUGUGCUUGUGUCAAAACUGUUUGCUCUUGUGUAUCUAUUAAAUACGCCAAAUUAAAUAUUUUAAUUAAAUCCUGCAAAUAAUUUAAUAAAUAAAAAAAUAAAUAAUAUUAAGUAAUAUAACAUGCAGUUUAUAGUUUACUGCUCAUACUGCACCCUACCUUAAGGUGCCUCAAACAUUGGAGCGGCUGUGGCCAGAAAGGAGACUACAAACAUAUAUUCUGGGAUUGUCCCAAAAUUAAAGAAUAUUGGAAGGAUGUAAGGAAAAAUAUUGAAACUAUUUGCAAAGAAAAAUUUAACCUAGAUUUACAAGCAUUCCUGCUGAGCAUUUUACCCAAUACAUUGUUAAAUAGAAAAAGAAAAUUAUUCAAAUACUGAUUAUAAUAGCAAAGAAAAUAAUAACAAUCUACUGGCUAAGGCCACAACCCCCGAGCACCGACCUUUGUUGGGAAAGAGUUAAGGAAGUGAUGGGAAUGGAAAAAAAUAACAGCAAAAUUACAGUUUCGAGAUAAAUUGUUUCAAGAGACAUGGGCACCUGUAGUUAUGGAGAUAGAAAAACCUUAACUGCUCUGGAACUUUUUCAUCUUUGGAAUGGAUAGGAAUACAGAACGUGUAUGGAUU